CGGGCGGGGCGGGGUCGCGGUCACGUGACGCGGGUGUCUCGCGGAACGCGCGCGGAGGGGCCGCAGGUGUCCCUGAAAUGUCUCCAGGCGUGCCCAGCUGUCUCCAGGUGUCUCCCGGUGUCUCCAGGUGUCUCCAGGUGCCCCCAUGGCCGCCGCUCGCCUGGGCCGGCCCCUGCCGGGCUCCUCGGUGCUGUUCUUGUGCGACCUCCAGGAGCGGUUCCGGAGCUCCAUCGCCGCCUUCCCUCAGAUCGUGGCCGUGGCCGCACGGAUGCUCCAGGGCUGCCGGAUUUUGGGGGUGCCCGUGCUGGUGACAGAGCAGCGCCCGGAUGUUUUGGGGCCCACGGUGCCAGAACUGGGGGCACAGGACCUGCCCCGGAUCCCCAAAACCGCCUUCAGCAUGGUGGGGGCGGCCGCGCCCCUCCUGGGGGACCCCAAAAUCCGCUCCGUGCUCCUCUGCGGCAUCGAGGCUCAGGCCUGCAUCCUGCAAACGACGCUGGACCUGCUGGAGCGGGGGCUGGACGUGCACGUGGUGGCUGACGCCGUCUCCUCCCGCAGCCAGGGGGAGCGGGCGCUGGCCCUCGCCCGCAUGCGCCAGGCCGGGGCCUUCCUGAGCACCUGCGAGAGCGUCCUGCUGCUGCUGCUGCGCGACGCCGCCCACCCCAAAUUCCGACAGAUCCUGCCGCUGAUCAAGGAGCCCCCGCCGGACACGGGGCUGAUUCUGGGGGGGCCCCUGGGUGUGCUGGGGGGGCUCUGAGACCCCUCAAAUCCCCCAGAAUCAACCCAAAAAUCCUCCUCAGCCUGGUGGGGGUCUGAGCUCCCCAAGUCCCCCUGAAAAUCCCCCCCGAAUCAACCCCAAAAUCUCCUGAAAAUCCCCCAAAAUUGUGCCUGGUCUGGGGAGUCUCAGAGCCCCCAAAUCCCCCCAAAAUGGGGGGGUCUAUAAACACUGCCCCCCCUCCCCCGACUGCGUCUCUGGGCUUUGGUUUGGGGGGGGUCCCUGGGGGAAUUUGGGGGUCCCCGGAGGGGGGUGUGUCUCCCUUAGCCCCGCCCCAGUGAUUGACAGUGCGACCCCGCCCCUCAGAGCCGCAUUAACCACGCCCCUCCAUGAUGAUUGACAGCUGUCUCACGUGGCCACGCCCCGAUGUUUGAUUGACAUCUCGGCCCCGCCUCUUCCCCCUUUUCUUAAUGAACCCCCCUGUGGGAGUGGGCGCUGGCCACGCCCCCC